AAAGUACCAAAUAGCACAGCUUGGACCAGGCACUCACAGCUUCAGGUUUGCUGGAGAGAAUCCCUGCCUGCACCUGUGCUUAUAAAAGGGACAAAACCCAGCCCCGCCUACCAGGGGCAGGUCCCAGUCUCAGGUCUCACCUGUCACAACAGGUUAUUAAGAGAAUCUGCUAAGCUACACUGAAGUCCAUUCGGGACAUAAAUUCUCCAUUAUCACUUUUGCAAAAACACGAGUUUUUAUCAGACCGGUCUCAUAUGUGCCAAGUUGUGUCUAUGUGCAUUUUCCACUUUCAGAAGGCUGACUUGUAAUCGUCAGGAGUGGAUUGUUUCAUCUUGCCACUCACACCAGAAUCCCAGGUUGUGCACAUCAACAUCACACAUUUGUACAAACAAAGUUUAUAACAAAGACAUGUUAAAUAUUAAGCACUGAAAACAGCUUGGUUGUUGUUGUUUGAAACGUCAUUUAAUGCUUGUUGUUUUGUUGCCAUAGUGAUGCCUCCAGGGAAAAUUAGGGAGCAGAGCAAGAAUGAGACCAUAUUAGUGGAUAUAUGUUUUGAUAACUUUGGGUUCUCUUUGUUUUUGCCUAACAAUCAUAAAGAAAUGUAUUAUAUUUUGUGUGUGUGCUCAUUAUUGAGCCUUAAUCCUGCAUGAAGGCCAAGAUGAAGCUCUUAGAGGAGAACUUUACAGUAACUAUUAGAAUAAAUAAAAAAAUGACACACUGACUGAUUUAGUUUUUUAGAUUCACUUCUGUCUUGAGUAUUUUUCUGUCUCCAUAUAAAAGAUAUGAAAAUCUGAGCAAACAAGUUGAUGUAAAAAGAAUCUCUGUACAUUCUGCAGUCUUUGAUGCUAAAAUGACAUCACAGCAUUUAAACAUGUUUUGAAUGAAAACAUCAGCAUAUGAACACAAAACUGAAGAGACACUGCAAGCGUAUGAAAGCAGACGACUAUUUAGUGACAUUUCUACGUUUCACUGAGGAUUAACUGCUCUGUAAUUUACCAAGAACUAAAGUAAGCUCAAAUUUCAGUUUAUAAACUUAAGAUCAUUUACUUAAAUAUAAAGCCCGAUUUUCCUGCCUGCCAGGACAGUAUUUAUGUACUUUACAUUGUGCAAGUCUAGACUAUAUUUUCCAUCAUAGAGAGGAUGAUGUGGAUCUGUUAUUCAGGGAAACAAAUGAAGACUUAACUAUUUGUCAGCUGUUGUAAUAUUUGACAAAUUAUACAUAAAGUAGAAAAUGUUGUUAAUCAUAUCUUAGAGUGACAGAAGCUCUUUUUAACAUGAUUAUUUCUGAGAUUAUCUUGUUCAUUUAGGAAAAUAGAGAACACUUAAUUUUUGUCUCAAACAAACAGAAUUUCUGAGAGCAUUUUUUGAGAAACUGAGGCUACGUCCACGUGUACGCAGGUAUUUUUGAAAACACAGCUUUUUCUAUGCAUUUGGGCCUUUCGUCCACACCUAAACAGCAUAUUGAGUCACUGAAAGGUGAGAUUUUUAAAAAGUCUGCCAGGGUGGAGAUUUUUGAAAACUAGGUUUUUUUGUUUAGGUGUGGACGAGGAAAACAGAGAUUUACUCAGGCAAUGUCAAAAGUGUGCGCUGUGGCCACGUUAUUGUUUACGUGAGAUCAGUUUCCACAAUGGCAGAUGUAGACAAAAUACUGUUGCUGUUAAUCUUAGUAUCUGCAGUUUUUACACACUUACAUAUACACACAGUUAGAAAGACAGAGGCAUCAGAGUGAGCAUCAGACGUGGCUUCUACAUUCAACACAGACGCUCUCACAACCCAAAUCCUGACGUCGGUUUGGAAUAAAUGUAAUUUAAAAAAAUUACAUUUAUGUAUGCUGUAUGCAUUUUGUCCAUUCCAAAGUUGUGAGUCUGUUCCAGCCAAAAUGCUGUCUUUAGUUAUUAACAUUGGAAAUGAUGAAGGCACUUGAAAGUAACACAAAAUGAGCUGCCUUUCCAGAGAAAGACAAAAACUUUUCAGAAGUACGUAAGGUUUUGUGAGGUUUUCCUCCCAGGCUUCUAGACUUCUGAUUGGCCAGCAUUUCUACACGGUUAGGAUUUGGCAUGUUCUUGACAGCGUUUGACUUUGUUUUUAGCGUUUACAUGUGGAAGGAGAUAUUUUUUCAAAACUGCACACGUGGAUGGGAUUUUUUUUUUAAACGAAAAAGGAAAAUUUCCGUUUUCAAAAAUAGCCGUGUACGUGUGGACGCAGCCCAAAGUUAUCACAAAAAAAGCAAAUUCGCUGAACAUUCUGAGUUGAGGUUGUGAUCAUUGUUGUUUUGUGUUCCUUGUAGUCAAAAUGAGUGGAAGAGGAGAUGAAUCACAAAAUAACCGUAAUGGCCGACAGGUUAACCCAGAAAUCUUUCCAAGUGGAGAUCAGGAAUCAGCUUAUGAACCAGCUACUGAACCUAUUGGUGGACUCCGGGGCUUCCUGAACAAUCUUUAUCUUGGUCUCUAUAAUAUUUUUUGGAGGAUGGAUGAGCUAAUAGAUGAAUUAGAGGAACGAUAUGAUGACAUUCACAAUAUUAUUGUGAGGGACAAUAAUGCCAAUGCUGACAACAAUGAACAGCACGAUGAUCACAAUGCUGCUGUUGUUGUUGGCAUUGAAAAUGAUGAUUCUGAUGAGGCAUUUGAAGAGUGUGUGGAUGUUCACCAGUACAUCCCAGAAGAGGACCCUCAGCCAGGUGUAUCCAGGAGGAGGUGUAGAGAGAUGGAUGAAGAAGAUGUGGAACCAAACAAAAGAAUCAGAUGGAGCGAGGAGUUUUCUGAUGAUGACUCUGACUUCUUCUCUGCUUGUGACACUGAUAGCGAGGGCUGUCCUCAUGUUGGUAAUAUUGCUGAUGAGGACAGCCCUCAGCAGGUAACAGAAGAAGAACUGCUGCCUGGUGGAUCCACGAAAAGGUCCAGAGAGGAAGAUGUAGAUGAAGAAGAGCGUAAUAGCAAAAAUCCAGGCUUGCAAACUCUGAUUCGGGGACUAGCUCAGCUGUGUAUGAUCACUCUGAGAGCAGGAGUGAUGACCUUUUUGAAGAUGCACUUGAAGAGCUUGACAACCAUGAAACUGGAGGCUCGAGGAAGCGGUCCUGAGAGGAUUUUGAGGAAGAAGAGGAAUUCUGGCGUGUUUGCAAAUUUCAGAGGUGUUCAAAUGAGUCCACCAGCACCAGUGAUGACGACUAACACUAUUUCGACAGGUUUUUUCAGUAUCCUUUUCGUAGGCUGAUGGCCUACUCAGCUGACCCUGAAUCCUUCCUUGGUUAUGCUGCAAUAAGCUGGACAUACACUGUGCGAUGUUUCAGUCGCGUUAUUCAGCUCCUGCUCAAACUGCACGAUUGAAGUUUGUAGGUACGAUGCAGAGUCUCACACUAUACGGCCCGAUGCUCUGUGUGACCUGAGUGCUCACACUGUGCGUCCAUAGCAUGAAGAUUAUAACACAAAAUUUUACACUCUUUUCACGGUUGUUGCGGUCGUGAUAAUUUCGUGAAGCCACAUCGAAGAGGCUCGGAUGAGCUUGCCAAAGUCCUACAAGUUGUGCCUCCA